AUGAAGCAGUCCGCUGGCGGUACGGGUAACCGCCAUAGAGUGCAGAAAUGGCCAAUUUCGUCCCUGACCGGACGACAACACAAAUUGGUCAUACCAGCCGAGUCUCCAGACAAGGAAUUUGUCCUCCUUGUUGGAGCUUCACAUCUCCGUUCCAUCGUCGAUGGAAUUGUGAAGAUGCCAGAGGGAAGGUUUUCCUUUGGUGCCAUGUCCCCACCGGGGGCAUGCGCAACCCAGGUGCGAACCGAGGCAGUCAAUGCUGUGCUGCCUAGGACACCAGAUGCAGUCUGUGUGAUGGCUCCGAGCAACAACCUGACAUCCAGUAGGACCAUCACUGAAGCAGGAGAGGAUUUUGCAAAGCUCCUCGCGACUGCCUGCAGUCGCUGGCCUAACGUUUUUGCCAUGGACUUCCCCCCGCGCCUUACCGUUGACCCUGACUACCUAAGAAUGAUGCGUCAGGAAUUUCGUCGUGUUGCGGCACGUAUGGGUAUGUUUAACAAAUAUUUAGGUUCAAGCGUGAAGUACACACCAAUUGCAGAGUACUUCCCUUCGAAAGAACUUGACCUGUGGAGCAGAGAUGGCGUGCACUUGAGUGACAGUGCGGGAAUGCCAAUCCUGGUCGGUUCUAUCUGGAACGCAACAUAUAUGCAACUUGUUCCAGCCGAGCCGAAGCCAUCUCCUGUUGUCCACAGAAGAUCACCGCCUGCGAGGAGAGUCACUCCAAGGGUGAUUGUCAAAGGAGAGGUUGCCAAAUCACCGCAACUGGAUCCUUCCAAGUGGACCGUUUUCGGCCAGGGCAGGAAGAGGAGCCAACACGAUGAACCUGAGCAGUCCAUUGAUGCACUUAAACAAGCAGGGACUGUUCAGCAGGAGGAAUUGGAGGAGAGUUAUCUUCCACUGACACCUGUGUGGUUCAGCAGUGCAAUGUUGGUUGAGAUGGACAAGAUUAGUCCAUCCCAUCUUCCUGGCCCUGAUGAGUGCACACCACCGGUUCCAAAACUACAAAAGAAAGCAAAGAUGGAGCUGAAGCAGAGGGCUCCUGCCUCCAAGAGGACCCUGGCAAAGCGACAGGGGGAGGCAGCUCCCAUGGUUGUGGAGGUGAUUUUACGGCCACCUACCAGUAGAGGGACAGUUGCUGUGGAGCAGCAGGUCUGUGCUCUUUGUGUGAAGGAUGUGCUUUCAGAGUGA